CCGUCUCCAGACUCAAGUAUAAUACAACACACUCGAAUGCUUCGACAGCUGAGUGUGACUGUGUUUAUUCUUCAACCCUUGUUAUUUCUAUCACUCUCACGCUACAACCCUGGACCUUGACGUCUCGGCAGUGUCAAGACUCAAGAGCUACGCACCUGCCCGGCUGCCUGUCUUACUUGGCCUCACCUCCACAUUCGCACCUCCAUCCUAUCCACUUACUUGGACAAGCAUCUGAUCUUCCCCCAAUCUGUCCGCUUGAGGAACAAAAACUAUCCUCAUGGCUCAGAACAACAUGAAUAACCUGACCACCCUGAUAAAACGGCUGGAAGCUGCAACUUCGAGACUCGAAGACAUCGCCUCUUCGUCCGUCGGUUUCGAAAGCAAUGGCUCCAGCGCGCCCGCUGUCGCCGUCACCCCCGCCAACGCUGCCCCGAACGCCCCCCCUCCCAAAGUCGUCAAGACCCUGCCACCGUCCAUCGAAGCUUUCGACACCCUUUUGAACACAGAGCUGAAGGACUGGGCUGAUCGCAGCAGCAAGCUGGGCAAUGUCAUUGAUAGCCAGGCAAAAGCUGUGCAACAAGCCUUCAUGGCUCAAAGGGAAUUUCUCUUGAUUGCCGACAAAGCGAAGAAGCCGGAUAUUGCGACCUGCAUGGAGAUUCUCAAAGAUCUACAAGCCGCCAUGGAGAAGGUCGACGGGAUCCGCCUGGACAACCACGAGCCCCAGUUGAAAAAUCCCCUUACCAUGGUUUCGGACGCCGUGGGAGCUCUUGGCUGGGUCACUGUGGAGCACGGACUCAAACCUCCAGAGUACAUUGACGAGCUCUUUGGUGGAGCUCAAAUAUAUGGCAACAAGAUACUCAAGGAGUACAGGGACAAGCCCGAGAAGACCAAUGUCGAGUGGGUCCAGGCCUACUACAAGCUGUUCAAGGCGCUGUCUGACUACACCAAGAAGUUCCACACCACUGCCGUCGCGUGGAACAAGGAUGGCAUCGAUGCCAAAGAAGCCGCGAAGCAGGUUAAGAACGAAGCCUCUGGCGCCGGAGCCUCUAGCAUUCCUCCUCCGCCACCUCCGCCGCCAGGCGGUAUCCCCCCACCUCCAGGACCUCCCCCACCCCCAGGUCUGCCCCCACCACCGGGCGCGGCGCCGAAGAAGUCAGCUCCCGACAUGGGCGCUGUGUUUGACGAUCUGAACCGAGGAGACGCCGUCACCAAGGGGUUGAAGAAGGUGGACGCUAGUCAAAUGACGCAUAAGAACCCGUCGUUGCGAGCAGGCGCCGCUGUACCCACCCGGAGUGAUAGCAAUGGUUCGCUGAGGAGUAAGAGCCCAGCGCCCCCUAGGAGGCCCAAGCCGGAAAGCAUGCGGACUAAGAAGCCGCCGAAGAAGGAGCUUGAUGGAAACAAAUGGAUCAUUGAGCACUUCGACAGCCCCGGCGAAAUGGUUGAGAUUGAUGCGGAAAUGCAACACUCGAUCCUCAUUUCACGAUGCAAAAACACCACUAUCCGUAUCAACGGCAAAGGCAAUGCCAUCUCGAUAGACAACUCGGAGAAGACGUCGAUUGUAAUUGACUCUCUGGUCAGUUCGGUCGACGUCAUCAAGUGCCCUGGCUUUGCGCUCCAAGUCAUUGACACUCUCCCUACCCUGCUCCUGGACCAGGUCGACGGUGCUACCGUCUAUCUAUCCAAGAACUCGACAAACACGGAAAUCUUCACCAGCAAAUGCUCUGCCGUGAACAUUAACUUGCCGACGCCAGAUGAGGACUUUGCGGAAAGCGCGGUGCCCGAGCAAAUCAAGACGUACAUCAAAGACGGCAAGUUGGUGAGCGAGAUUGUCGAGCAUGCAGGAUAA